GUGCCCAACAGACCCCAUGGGGAACAAGCAUCACAGGCAGGAACCCCACCAUGCACCCAAGGCCUUGGCCCCUGGCCUUGGCAGGGCAGGGCCCACCCCUCCUCAGCCCAGCUCUUUGUUAUCAAGCCCCAAAUGACCCCUGACUCAGCUGGGCCACGACUUCCUCUUUCCCGACCACGAAGCUUCAGGAUUUUCAAGGAAGCUGAGAGGCGUGGGGCCCCAUCAGUGGGUCGGUCCGGCCGGCGCUCCUAUAAAAGGUGGGAAACGGGGUGUCCUGCAAGCAGCCGGGCUCUGACCCCCAGGCCUUCUCCUCCUGCACCCAGGCGUGGAUCCCUGAGCUUCCGCACCCUCCCCCGGACAUGGCAGGUCCUGCCACCAUCGCAGCCAGCCUCCUGCUGCUGGCUCUCGGUGCCCACCACCUCAUCCCUGCAGGCGCCGUGGGCAUCCCCUCCUCCUGCUGCAUGAACUUUAUUCCUAAGAAGAUCCCUGAGAGCCACGUGGUGAGCUACCAGCUGUCCAGCGGGAGUGUCUGCCCCAGGGCAGGUGUGAUCUUCACCACCAAGAAGGGCUACAAAGUCUGCAGCGACCCCAAGCAGCAGUGGGUGCAGAGCUAUGUGAGGAACCUGGAGGCCAAGGGGAGGAAAUCUUCCAUGGGGGCCAGAGCCCCGGGCAGCAGACGACCCGGACAAACACGGGCUUGAGGUGGCCCACCGUCUAGUCACCGUUCGGCCCUCUUGCCCUGAUUUGGGGACAGAGGGGCGAGGGCUACUUCUCCUGUCUCGUUAGCAUCACUCCCUGGGGCCCAAGCAGUGGCCUCCAGCAGCCUGGGCCCUCUGGCCUUGCCUGAGCUGGGUGAGAAGGUUCCAGAAGGAGUGUAGCCCUUUGUCCUUCUCCGUCCGACCUGGCGCUGGCCUGCCUCUGACUUGCAUCGGAGCCCGGGCGCGAGGCUAGAGUACCUGUAGAGACAGCUUGCUUGGACUGCAGGCUGCAGCUGGCUUCAGGGGGCCCUGUGGUCUCGGGGUGGGGCUGUGUGUCUGGGCAUGGUGACCUGUCACAGUGGCAGCCCUGCAGCACAUUGGGGACACCCCAGGUUGGUCCCACAUUGAGCACUUUUGAGCGAAGGGUCCCUCUGCUGCCUGGAUCCCAUCCCUCCCUAGACACCAUCCAGGGGCUACAAUGAAUCAAGUUGUAUAAAGAAAUGGAUGU